AUGACCAAGUGGGUGUGCGGGAUCGCCAAGGAUUCGGCCAGGCUCAGUGCUCGGCCCCUGUGCCUGAGGCAGCUCUGGCUCGGAGAGCCUUUCGCCAGCUCCACGGGGACCUCUGUGCACGGAUGGACCCGCCCGGACCCGGCGGGAAGCGGCCUGGCAGGCGGCGGCCCCGGCAGUAUCAGCAGAGAGAGGACAGGGCCGAAGCCGCGGGUCCCUGAGACGCGCGUGCCCACCGGGCCCGGCGGCAGCACCAUGAUGCCGGGCGAGACACACUCGGCGGCGCCCGGGACGGCAGCAGACCUCUCGCGAUGUCAGGGCUGUGCCUCCCUGCAGCAGAAUUUGAAUGAAUAUGUUGAAGCAUUAAUUACCUUAAAACAAAAAAUUAUCAACACCGAUAAUUUGUUAACAGAAUAUCAGAAGAAAUGUGAUGAGCUGCAGUUUGCAAGAAGAGAGAAUAGUACUCUGCAUCACCAAGUGGAACAGAUGCUUCAAAAAAUUUCUCCUCUGCAGAAAUGUCAGGAAGAACUGGGAUCUUUAAAAGCAGAGUUAGAAGAGAAAAAGAGUUCUCUAAAGUUGUAUCAGGAUACUCAUCAGGAAUAUGCUCGAGUAAAAGAAGAAUGCUUAAAAAGUGAUGCUCAGAAGAAGAAACUAGAAGCUAAGGUGAAGAAGCUGGAAGAGGCUGCCGUCAAGCAAACUCAGGACUUCAAGCAACUGAGAAAUGAAAAGAAAAUACUUGAAAAGGAAUUUAAGAAGACACAGGAAAGGCUUGACGAAUUUUCUAAACAGAAACAUGAAAAGGAAUUGAGACAUAUUGGAACACAAAUUUCAAGUGAUUCGUAUGGAAGCAUAGAUAAAAGAAAAGUAAAACUGCUUCUGAAGGAACUCUGGCUCUGUGUAAACACAACACAUAGACUACCUGGUGAAGGCAGCGGAUGUAUCCCAGAAAAACCUGCCAAAGAAAACACCAGAUCCAGAGUGUCUGGGAAAGAUGGUACACUACCUCCAGCACAAGGAAGUCCUCUCGGGGCCUCAGAUGUGCAGACAUGCCUCACAAAACUGUCCAUGGAGAUAACGGGUGAUUUAUCUUCAUGUAAAAAUGUGGAAAAAGAGAGGCCUGGUAGAGCAAAUUACAGUACUGGCCGUGUUUUUAAGGAGGAUGGGAAUCCUGAGGUUGUAAUGCAGAGUCAUAAUGAUGGUGACAGUACUGACUUUUCUGACCAUGAUCAUUUUUUUGAUGAAGAUCUUCAAGCUGCAAUUGACUUCUUCAAACUUCCCCCUCCGCUUCUGUCUCCAGUGCCCUCACCCCCUCCAAUGUCAUCACCACACGUGGCUUCCUUACCUUCUUCACUUGGACCUGAAAUCUACUUUGGAGAGUAUGCAGAUUCCAGCGAUAAUGACUCAGCCCAGCUUAGAAAUUCUACUGAGUCUGUUUCAGAAGAUGAUACAACUGAAUCACAGAAUUAUUUUGGCUCAUUCAGAAAAAAUAAAAAAAGUAGUAUAUGGGAGGAAAAGCCCAAAUCUCAUGGACCUAUUCAAGCUCUAAAUACAUUGGAAGUGAAUAAAACAACAACUCUUGGAUUUGAGACUUCAACAGCAACACUGAGAGAACCUUUGGCUCGUGAAGAACACUGGACCAUGUCAUCUCAAUUUGUGAGUGAUAGAGAAAGAGACAUUUUCCAAGAGUCAAAAAAACAGACAGAGAUUAGGGAAAAGGACAAGUCAGUGCAAACUGAGAGGACGUUUCCUAAGCCCACGCGAAGCCUGUGCAUUGAGAAGUUGUCUGGCAGCCCAGCACAGGGGAAGGAGGCUGCCCCUGAGGAGUCAGAGCUGUGGCAUUCUCCUCUCAGCAAGAGGCCAUUAAAUGAACCCAGUGAAUCUGAAGGAAAAACCCUAUUGUCCAAAGCGAUAGGAUCACCCACGACAGAGUUUACUAAGUGGACGCUAACUAAGGAAAUCACUCCUGAAUCAGACGAUGUAACAGGUUCUGACCAUUUGCGGAGAGCAUCUGGAGAAAUGGAAAAGGAAACAGAGGAUAUGCAAGGGUUCAUUUUGGGAGAAUCACCUGAAUCAGAAGACGACGAUGCAGUUGAUGCAAUGGAUGCAGCAGGGCUUGAUGUAGAAGCCAGCGUUUCCUCCUCUUCCUCGGUAGCAUUGUCUAUGUGCAGUAAUCCCCAGUCGUCUUCUGGGUUAGAAUGUGUUAAUGAUACAAAUAUUCCAACUAAAGUAUUCCCUACUGAAUUGCAUCAUUUGGAACAAGAAUUACAAACUAAAACUUCAAACACAUUACAUCUGCAGUCUGAGCCACCAGAGUGUUCCGUAGGAGGAAACAGCCUGGAGAAUAGCUUGCGUGCUUUCAGCCCUGAACUGAGAGCAUCUAAUUUUAGUGAUCAGAAGAGCAGUGAGAUGGAAUGUACAGAAGUUGUAAAAGGCAUGACCAAAAUACAUUUACUUCCUCAGUCAGUAUUUAUGAAGGCUACAAAAGAUGGACAAUGUCAAAGUCAAGAUCCAGGAAUUGAGCUCGCACUGAGUAAGACAGAUUUCACAACAUUAAUAGAUUCUCAGGCUGGCUUGAUCAAGGGUGGUUUGGGUUUCCUUAAAAGCACUUCAUGGCACCGUAGUGAUUUAUUAAGGAGAGGUGGGGAAGAAAGUCUGAGAGCUAAAUCAGAACAUGAAGAACAGGCAAUGCCGUCCCUACAGAAUAAAGGACCAGCACCCAAGCUUGAUCUUCCUAGAGAAAAUAAUAAUCCUGUGGAAUUUAAGACCGCUGCAUCGUUGCCUAAUCAAGUAUCAGUUAUCACAAAGCAGGCAAGACCUGAAAAGAUUCCAAGUGCUAAACUGGAACACUUGAGACUACGUGGGGAUGAACCUACCGUAGCAAUGGGAAAGAGUGACAAUGAAACUGACGAUAUGUCAUCGACAGCAAAAUGCGGUGGGGAAAGAGAUGAUACAACACAGAACACCAAGGAAGUGGCUGCUGUGAAAAGCACUUCACCAGAAGUUUCUGCCUCUAGGAGAAAAUUAGAUUUCAAUUCUCCAUGUGGUUCUUUACCAGUAGAAAAUUCUGAUGGUUCCACAAAUACUGAAUUAUCUUUCUCUUCUGAAAACAUCUUUGUCCAAAACCAAGACAUCGUGAGGGAAGCUGCAGUGCAGGGAGAAGCUGCAAAGCAAAGGCAGCUUCCUCAGGCCACAGAUCCAGACUCUGGUGGGACAGGUGGCAGUGAGCCACUUCCAGCCACAGAAGUGACAGCAUCAGGAGGUUUUCCUGUUGAAGAGAACCCCUGUGAGGCCUUGGCUAUAGCAAACAGUUCUCCUAGCACACUGCAAAAUGCUAAUGAACUUUUGAAAUUGAAAUCUAAAAAUUCUGAUGGGGCUUUUCCUGAAUGUUUUGUCACAACAGGAACUUCUUUUCCUUCAGCGUUCUGCAGAAAAGAUGGAGAGACGGAGGGUAUGUCCCCAAGUAGCCUUGCUGGCACUUUGCAUUGUUACACAGGCAUUCGGGAGGGAAAGGAGGACACCGAGGUAGAGGAGAGUGAGGGGCUUAGCUGCAGUGAGGGGGAACAUGAGCCUGAAGCCGUGAUGGGGAGUGAGCAGCAAGAUGCUGUCAGAGACCCACAGAAAGAUUUAGGAGAUACAGACGCUGGUGUAGCUGAGACAAGACCUUCCUUAGAGAUAAGUUAUUUGACCUCAGCUUUGCAAGAUUUUAACAUAAGUUCUCUUCCUGAGCUAGACAGACUUUCUACGUCAGAUGUCGUUACGUUUCUUGAGAGUUGUCAGUUAAGGGAUUAUAGUUCAGGGGACUCUGUUUCAGAAUGUUCUAGUAAAGGAACCCUAAGUAAAGAAAUGAACAAAGAACUAAAGCAAAGUGAAAUAUCAGGAGAAAAAUACAAAAAGCAACCUUGUGAAGAAGAAACACUUGGAACCUCUGAAGAAUGGAUUGAAUCAGAAGAUGAUGAUUCUUUAAAAAAUACAAGCCAGUUUACUCAGUGUUCUUUAGAAACACUGUCUGAGGUUCUCACCAAGAUUGGGCAAGAACUUCAAACAAACUAUGAAAAUUGUGAUGGUAAAGAUACUGGUAAUUUAUUGCUCUUAAAUAUACAUAACAACAUGACAAGUGAAAAUUUAAGAGAGAAAGUUCCACCUCAGGAGAUGACUAGCUCCUUGGCACACACUUCAGAACCACCCCCACUGGCAGCCGAGUUGGACACCCGAGGCAGCUCUCCCAUUAGCGGUGGACCUAAUAACGAGAACACUCAGAACAGGCCAGAGGAUCGCUCGGAUGCAAGCAGGCACGCAGACAGUGGGGAAGAGCGCCAGGCAGAGCCUGCAGAGCCUGCAGAGCCACCAGCCCUGGUCUCUGACUCGGCAGGAGAGCCAGUGACUGAGCAAAGUGCUAGUUGUGAGGUUGAAACGACAUUUCAGUAUCAGAUAUCGACAGUGACCUCAGAAGUUAUAAAUGUGCUUAUCAAUAAGGAUCAAAAUCUAGUCAUUGAGAACGGGGACAACUGGACAGUCAUCAGUGGUGUGGCUGUUGUUCCACACGUGGAACAGGUCACACUGUGUGAGGCUCCUGGAGACAUCCCUGUUUCUCAGGACCAAGGAGGGCUGGAUGCUGGUCGCGUCCCAGUGACUUCUGUUGAGAAGUCCCCGGAGGCCAGUCACGCUGGCCCUCCCUUUCAGGAGCCUCCAUGUGGCAGUAGUAAUCUUUCAUGUCCCCAAGAGGAUGUUUCCAGCAGUGCUCAGAGCACCAACUUUGAUAAAAGUCGUUUGCGGAAUAGACCUGUUAAGCCCAGUAUAUGGAUUAGUUCUCAAAUAUAUGAUCAAGACUUCGACUCUCAGACUGUUGCAUCUGAUCACACAUAUUAUAACUCGAAACUUGAGCCAUUCAGCAAAAGUAAGACUCGAUCAAAGAUUUCAAACAAAGAUCAAUCUAACAAACCAGUGAAGACUUCAGCAUCAAGCAGAAUUGAAGCUCAUCAGAGUGAAGUUUCUCAGUCAUUUUCAGGGGAAAAAAGUAAUACAAAAACUCAAAGAAAUCAAACUCAGACCAUUUUAGCAAAUGCUGAUACAUCUACUCCUACAGAUUGUUCUCCUGACACUCUGAGUAAAAUACGGCAGGAAGUGGGGCCUCCCCUGCCUCCUCUGCUAGCUCCUCUGAUAGCCACACCUCCAAGGACUUCACAGCCACUUUCUCCCCUGGCACCGAGUUCUGGUCCUUCCUCACCACCCUCUCCCGUCAGCCAGAUCUCUCCCUUCUGUGAAAUCCCGGUUCCUCCUGUGAUGUCUCCAUGGCCAGAAGACCCCAGGCGCACCUCUCCUCCGGGUCCUUCUCCGUCUCCGUCUGCUGCAUCAGCAGGUGAGAGGAUAGUGUCGUCUCCUCUGCAGUUCUGUGCAGCCACACCAAAGCAUGCACUUCCUGUGCCUGGCAGACUCCCGCCCUGCGCAUCUGGCCAUGCUGCUGUGGGAGGGCCUCAGGAGAACUCCGUUAAAAUCCUUGACACCAUGUACCCUGAGUUGUCUGCCAGGGCCCGGACCCUCAAUAUCCUCAAAGGGAACAUUCAACUCGCUCGAGGUCCCUCCACUGAGUGUAAAAAUUUACCAGGACCUGUCAGUGCUAUGAUAGGGUUCAAAGCAAUCACUUCAACAUCAACUGCUUUUGUCAAAACAGGGAGCAGCUCUGGUGGUGACUGUAACCAAGAUAAAGCCAGAGAUGUGGGGACUCAGCAGAAUUCCAGUGGGAAAAGAACAUUGUCAGCGCCUACACUGAGGAGUGCUAAAAGAUUGCGCCUGGAUGGUGGGUCCCCAGAACCAGAAAUUGGGGCCACUGCAGAAGGAGUCCAUAAGAACCUUCAAAGGAACCUCCCUCAAGCUGAAGUAACAACAGAGGAGGAAAGAAGUUGUUCUAGUCCAACCGUCAGUACGGUUUCACAGCUGCCUCUAAACCCCAAAGAAACUGUGGAGUCACAUGACAAAGCCAUAGCCAAUGCACUGAAGAAAAUUGCAGAACUUUCUUUUGAUCUGUUACCUGUCAUUCGUAGUCAUGUAUAUGUGGGAAAUAUCUCCAAAAAGCCCGUAAUGAGAGAUCAAGAAAAAGAAGUUGUUUAUGAGUUUAGCACAACAAAAAAGCAUUUAGCAGAGUGCUUGCUUCACUCUAUUCUCUCAGAACUAAAAAUUCAGAAGAUGUCUACAGACCACAAUUACAUUCAUGCCCUCUGCAGAGUGUAUGUGGGUAUUUGUCGGCAACUUGGAGACUUGGAAAGAGCUCGCUUGUUUUGCUACAGCCUACUCAAGGAAGAUUUUCCAGAAUCUGAGAAAUUGACUUUGUUUAUUGCAAACAUGUGGCAUGAUGUAUUUCUCUCUCAAUCGGUGAUUAAUAAAGCAAUGCAGUUAGUUGCCAGGCAACGUGCUAAAGGAGAGGUUCUGAACUGCCUGAGAGCUUUUCUUAAUUGGGAAAAGAAUGCUCCUGUAGAUGUUGGCUUCAUGGUUUCUAAGCUGCUUUUGACCAUUCAGUUAUGUCCAAAAACAGAAUUUCAGUCCAGUGAGAAAUUUGGGGAAGACCUAAGCGAUAAUACAUGGGAAUACAUAUUUGCCAUUGAUCUGCUCUGCUGCCAUCAGAAAUGGAUUUGGACACAUGAUAACAUCAUCAGUAAGGAGCUGUGGCCUGUAAUGGAUAAGUGGAUAAAAUACAGAAAAGGACAUGCGAACAUUGCAUAUAUUCCUGAUAUUAUUAUAGCAUCAAUACUGAGGCUCAUUGGUCGUUUAGGCCAAUUGGGUUUGAAGGAAGGAUUUCCAUCUGCUGUGAAAAAUAUUAGUUCAGUUAUUGGUAUGUUUAUACAGCAUGCUCAGGAUGAAGAUAUUCCAUGGGGUAUACAGUUAGCAGCCGUAUAUGCUCUUUGUGACUUGAGUCCCAGCAAUCCAGCAGAAAUUUCCAAGAUCCUGGAAGCUUGGCGGAGGGAAGCAUCCAAGAGUGUUCCAUCUGCCAUCCUCAGCUGCCUGGAAGAAGUCAGCGCGCUGAGUGCAGAGGGGCUCGGCUGACGCAGGAAGGCCGCUGUGGCUAGAGAAGUGCCUUGACACAUUUUGAAUAUAAGUAGAUUAAUCAACUUUCAGAAACAAAGGAAGGUUUAAAGAAGACACAAAAUAGAUAAACUGACAAGAGGCUCUCCUUAUCGUUUGGCAAGGAGACAGGAGAAACAAACAGUUGCACAGUUGUUUUUCCCUAAAUCACAUACAUUUCACUUAAGGCUAUUGUGAUCAUGUGACAUAUGGAUUGUAUUAUUGUGUCUUGGUCAAACAACAAAAACUUGAAUUUAGCCCUUUUUUUGCUGCAGAAAGUGUCCUUUUAGUGGCUUUUUAAAAUCGAGUGGCAUUUUAUAAUGAACUUACCAAUAUAAAAACAUGAUUUGGUUCCUGAGCUGUUUUUGGACUUGUGCUCAAAUGAGUGACUAGGAAAAAGUAAAUUGGCAAAACAAAGACCUAAAGAGUUUUCCACUUCUUAGCUGGAAAUGGGCUACAAAAGUUUUUCUCAAGAUGUAAUACAUAAUUGAUCAGAGUAAAACAUGGAGAGCCCUUAGCAGAAACUCACUUUAAAGCAUUUUCUUUAUAUCUCUAAAGUUCCUUAAAAAUAUUUAACUAUGUAUCAGGAAGAGGAGAACUGAAGAGUAGAAGUUCCCUUGCAGGUUUGUGUAUCAAUGACAUGUAUAUGAGCGAUUCAGAGGCGACCGCAGGCAGAGCUCUGUGUGCUGUGUACAUAUGGACCGUGCUAUGAUGUGUCUCACAUUUGAUGAUAUUCCACUUUCGGAAUUUUAGUAUUUGUAUAUAGAACAUGGGUUUAAUAACUCACCGUGGUUCUGAUUUGUCUUAUAUUCAUCAUUUCUUAAAACUCUUGUAUGUGUUUUUUAUAAUAAAAAAUAAAAAUAAGCCAUG